AUGGUUAAUCAAUUACGAAAUAUUUAUCAAUAUUUAUUGAAAUUGAAUUUAUAUGAAAAUGAAACUAAUGAUGAACAUGAAAAGAGAAAUGAACUUCUAUCAACUAGAAUAUUUAUAAUUCUUCUUCUACUGACGUUAUUAUUAUAUAUUGCGUACGCAACAUUGUCAAGUCAACAAAGUAGUUUUAUAAUUUCGAAACCAACUCAGAAACAAUACGAACAAUUGCAGUUCAAGCAUCCAAUUAGUUUAAAAUGUCCAUGUAAAGAUUUAUCUACUCCAUAUAAACAAUUAAUUGAUGUAAAAAUGGAAUAUUAUGAAAUUUGUUCAUCGGAUUUUGUUAAACAAGAAUGGAUUGAUUAUUUCUUCGGAGAACAUAUAAGUUUUUAUCAUCCAUUCGAUUUUCGUCGCAGUGCAGCAUUUAAAUUUCAACUUCUUCGAACCUUAUGUCAACAAUCUCAACAAACAAGUGAAAAAUAUCUUGAAGAAUUUUAUUCAAAUUCUUUGAUUUCAAAUGAACCUGUUUCAUCAAAUGAAUUUCAUAUUCAAGUCAAUUAUUCUGUCGAAUUAUUUAAAAAAACAGCAAUCUCUUCUUUUGAAAAGUUAGUUAAAUUAAUUCAAGAUAUAGUGUGUAUGAAUAUUUUAUUAACAGCAGUCGACACGCGUUAUUUUGCCUCAAAUUAUACAGGUCCACCAUUUGGAUCUAUCUGUUACGAAACAAAAUUUAGACCGCAAAAGUUACAUUGUGAGCUGGAGGAAGAGUUGCAGGGUCUAUUUCCCGAAGGCAUCUAUGAUCAUAUAGAUUAUUAUGAUUAUUCUGAAUGUGAUUCUCCUCAAAAUAACACAAAUGGAUCUAAUUCACAAAGACCAAAGAAUAUUCCUAGUUUCAAAGUACCUGGAAUGUUUGUAUUGGGUUUACCAAUACAAUCACUGAUGCACUCAACAUUAGAAUGUCUAUUUGAACAAUCAUGCCUGGAUAAAAUUGUUUUGCAUGUUAAAAAAACAUCAAUUUCGAAAAAAGAAUUUUCAAUUUUGAAACAGGAUUCCUCAACAAAAACCAAAACGAUCAAAGAAUUAACAAAAAACUUAUUUGUAAAAGAUUGGAUUAUUGUUCGAUCGUAUGAAAACUAUUUUAAUUAUUGCCAACCUUUGUACUGUCAAUAUCUGGAUGAACAAAAGAACAGUUUUGUUUAUAUUUUCACAACAACUAUCAGUUUAUUCGGCGGAUUAAAAUUAAUUUUUCCAUGGGUUGCCUUAUACGUUAUUAAAUUUAUUCGUAUGAAGGAAUCACAACAACAAUCGACAGAUAUUGGCAGUCAUACCAUCAGAAUUAUUUCUUUAAUUUUGUUUACUUUUCAUAUAUCAUUUGAUAAACCAACGAAAACUUUAUCUUUCGAUACUCCGACACAAAUUCAAUAUGAACAACUAUAUAAUAACUCUUUUUAUCAUCUUCAAUGUCCAUGCUCACAUAUUUCAAUUAAAUAUGCUGAAUUUAUUAAAUUUCAGCCAACUUAUCAUCAAAUCUGUUCAAGUAUUUUUGUUUCCUUAUUGUGGAGGCGGUUGGGUAAUAUAUGGACUCAAAAAACACAGUGCGUUCUUCCAGAUUUUGCUAACAUGGCACGUAUGUAUUUUCUACAUUUAUCAAAACAUUGUCAAAUAUCAAAUGAAACAAUUCGGGAUGAAUUAACACGAUUAUAUGACAUGGAAUAUAUAACAUCUGGAGUUAUUCAUGUAAAACAAUUUAAGAGUGAAAUAGAAUCAUUUAUUGAAAAUUUUAAAAUACAAAUACAAAAAUCAUUAAAAAUGAAAUUGAAUAUCAUUCGAAGUAUUAUUUUUGAUAAUCAGUAUAGACCUCUACUAAAACGUGUUAGCAAUAUUGUGUUUCAUCGGAAUAUCACUGUCGAAUAUUUGCCAAAAGAUUAUGAAGGUUGUUCAUGUCAAACAGAUUCAACUUGUCAACGAACAAUGUAUCUCUGCCGUAAUGAUACAUUCAAUUAUAUGCAAGGUGUCUCUAUGGGUUGUUAUAUAUCAGAUUCGUUACUACUGUCAUCAAUAUCAUGUUUCUAUGAUCAAAAUUGUAUAAAUAUAUUCAAAAGAUAUAUGAAUAAAAAUGAACAACUUUAUCAUGAAUUUCAACCAUUGAAGAUUUUGGAAAAAAACCAAUAUGAAAACAAUGUAACGAUAGAAACAUUAACUGAUAAUCUAUUUAUUGAAGAAUGGAAUGAUUUUUAUGAUUAUGAUAAAUAUUAUAAGUCUUGUCAACCGUUAUUCUGUUCAUAUGAAAUUGAAGAACGACUAAGUUUUCUUUAUAUAUUAACAAGAUUAAUUUCUAUAUAUAGUGGGUUAACAAUUAUCACUCAAUUUUUAAUACCAAAUAUUGUUCGUUUAAUUCGAAGAAAAAAACAAGCACCAAGAGUUACAACAAUAUUCAAUCGAUUCUGUAUUCUUUCACAAUUAUGUAAAAGUAAAUUAAUCCAAAUGAAUAUUUUUCGAAAUAAAUCAACUGAUCUUCAUUUAAUACGAAAACAAAUCUUAAGUACACGUUUAUAUUUAAUUACUUUUAGUAUUAUUUUACUUAUUUGUGUUUUCUAUACAUCAUUAAAAAGCAAAUUAAUUACAAAUAAACUUCUAUUAACACAUUUAACAGAAUAUGAACAAUUGUAUAUGAAACAUCCAAAUACUUUAAUUUGUCCCUGUAGUGAAAUAUCAAUAAAAUAUGAAGAGUUUAUUAAACUUACACCAGUUUAUCAUGAAAUUUGUUCGUCAAAUUUUGUGAAUCAAAAAUGGAUUGAUCAUUUAUUUCAAAUAGGUAACCUGUAUCAUUCAAGUUUUCAUGACGUAGCAUCACUUCAAUUUCAAGUACUUAAGUCACUAUGUCGAUUAAUACAAGAAACAAUUAAUUCAAGUUUAACACAAUUUGAUUCCACAAGGUUAAUCACUAAUCAAUUAAUCCGUGAAGAUAUAUUUGAAAAUAGAAUUAACACAAUUAUCAAAGUAUUUCAAAAAUCAACACGACAAACAUUCCAAGAAGUCUUUCAAAUAAGUCGUGAAAUUUUUCAUGGAAAUGCUUUUGUAUCACUUAGUGAAAAAAAUUGGAAAUAUCAAAUUUUUAAAGUAAAUGGUAAAUCAAUUAGUUAUGCACUACCGGUAACAUAUAAUAAUGGACAAUGUACUUGUGCAACUUCGUUACAAUGCGUACAGUUAGCUACAUUUAAUAAUACACCUAUUGAUGGUUUAUUUUUUGGUUGUUAUCCAAUUGAAGCUAUGUUGAAAUCUUCACUUGGAUGUUUAUAUAAUAAAACAUGUUUAGAAUUAAUCUUACCAAGUUCUUAUCAAGCUUUGCCAAAUCUAACAAUUCGAAUCUUACAAUCAAAAACUAAAUAUGGUAUUAAUGAAACUGUUCAACAUAUGAUUGAUCGAUUAUUUGUUGACGACUGGAAUCAAAAUUAUUCGUAUUUGAACUAUUCAAAAAAAUGUCGUUCAACACAAUGUACUUAUUCGUUUAUACAACAUUUUGUUGUAUUGCAUAUACUUACAACUAUUCUUAAUUUAUAUGGAUGCUUAACAAUAUUAUUAAGACUUUUAAUUCCAUUUAUUAUUGGAAUUUUCUUUCGAAUAUAUAACAGAAGAAGACAAAUGGUUAUCGCACCAGAUAUAAUGACGGUAGAUUAA